AUGGCUGCUCUUCUAUUUACGGCCACGACUACAGACGACGCUUCAGGGGGUUUAUCUACGAAAAAUUCAUCAUCCGAGAGUGAUUGGAUCUUGAACCGUGAAGGGUGCUGCAUAAAGACUGCAGAAGGCAAAGGAAGAGGUGUUUAUGCGUCUCGUAUUAUACCACCGCAGACUGUGAUCGAAGUUAGCCCUGUGCUGCUUUUCACCAGAACUGAGUACGAGGACCAUGGAAGACAUACGAUCCUGGAUCACUAUACGUUCAAAUGGCGAGAUGGGCGGAUGGCUCUUGCCCUUGGACUCGGCUCCCUUUUCAAUCAUUCGAGCCAUCCAAACGUGACAUACACAGUCGAUCCUGCUCAUGAGUGUAUCAAGUACACGUCUACAAGGACAAUCAACCCCGAUGAAGAGUUGUGUAUCUUCUACGGCCAUAAGCUCUGGUUUGAUCCCGUGGGUACCGCAGAAAACUUGGACCCUCAAGUCUCCCUCGACCAAAAUGACCAGUCUGAAUUUCUUCAUAUUCUUGCUAUCGAUAGCGAAGUCGAUGAGGCUGAAGCAUGGAGCACUGGCGACCCGAACGAUAUCCUGGAAGGCGAAGCUCUUCCGUUCAUUUGGAAAAAGCUUCAGAUAGACGAAGAAGAAGAGUCCAUGGAAGACAUCAGAACAAUGCAAGCAUGGGCGGUUGACAUCCCGGACUCGAAACACAUAGCGACGAUGUUAAAAUGGUUGAAACAAUCAGGUCUUGAGAGCGAUACACUAUCGCACCUCAAACGCAUCCGGAAAAAGGAUCACUUGUCCACCCUCCUUCUCACUGUCUCGCCUUCUGUUCCCUUACUUCCCAAGAAUAUCGAUAUUGGAGAUCCCUAUCAGAUCCCUGUCCCAUGCAAUCCUGCUUUAACACAAACGUCACUUGUUUUUAAAAAUACGUUGUGGCCUACUGUAUACGCACCACGACGGAAAUGGGAGCCCGAAAAAUGGUCUGUUGCAAAAGUUCAAUGGGCUCGUGAUGCCAUCAGUCAUAUUUUACGAGAAACUGCUCAGACAACAUCGAGUGACGAGCUUCCGGUCAUCGCACACGUGCCCAAGCCGUUUGAAGACGAAGCUCUAUCUCUAUUACCUCGGUCAUUUAUAGCCAAAGACACGCGUGUAUCCGCCGGGCAUCCUCUACGCCACGCCACAAUGAACAUUAUUCGCGACAUCGCCGAUUGGCGUGCAUCGGCGUCCCCCGCUGGUAUUCUACCCGAUCCCCUGACGCUCGUGGCUUCCCCUUCUGACGGCAGCCUUGGAAUCUCAAAUAUAUCGAGCAAUGGCACAAAUUAUCUCCUCACUGGGCUGACCCUUUUUAUAACCCAUGAACCAUGCAUCAUGUGCAGCAUGGCAUUACUGCAUUCUCGCGUCAAAGAGGUUUUCUACAUUGUUCCCAUGCCACAGACGGGAGGAUGCGGUGGAUCUGCUUGUCUGCCUGCACUCAAAGGUGUUAACCACCGGUACAACGUCGCCCAGUGGAGAUUAAGAGAUGGCGGCGCAGCCCCAGCACAUCUUGAUGAUCAGAUAGAUGCAUGAUGAACAGAUACAUAUCGCGAUGCUUAUUGAUACAAGGAUUAUUCAAAGAUGCUACCCGGCCAUCCAAGGGAUUCUUCCAACUUCUUCUGAUGUUGAUGAGCCUGGCGCUUGACGAGCAGAUAGAUAUCUAGAUGUUUAUGUCCACAAUGGUCAUCAAAUAACACUAUCCCACCCCACCA